UUCCAGCAUCCCUUCGUGGAUAUUUCUUCUGCCGGACAUGAGGCUUAUCAACCUCUCUUCUAACGGAUUAAAAUUUCAGGAUCUUGACAAGGCAUUAGAUAGUUUAGUUGUACCGGUCGAGGGCGAAACAAAACAGCUCAGAGACCUUGAUUUGUCGGGAAAUAACAUUACCACACUAAUAGAUUCCGAUGGUUUAAAAAUGAUUAAACGGGAAGAAAGAAUUAAUCCAAUCUAUCAAGCCAAAUUGAAAAACAGAAUGAUACUAGAGAUUGAAGAAAAUCAGUGGAUGAAAAGAGAAGAACAAGGCAAUACCAAAUGUCCAGUCCAAUGCAUCUGCCUGGAACGCUGCUCAGAUGGAAGAAUGAUUGUUGAUUGCGAAAGGAGGAAUCUUACCGAAGUACCAAGAGAGGUGCCACAGGGUCUGGUGGAGCUUAACCUAGAAGCCAAUGCUAUUCAGAGCGUUCCAGCUUAUCCAUACAUGGUUAAUGUUACCAUAUUAAGAUUGACCAAUAACCAAAUUAAGUCGCUGGCGGCUUCCACAGUGGAGAGACUCGAGAAUAUCGAGAUCUUGCUUAUUGAUGCUAACCAACUGGCAACUUUACCGAGGGAAAUCAAGACUCUUAAUUUCACAACGUUAGCAUUGGAUGGAAACUUAUUCAAAUGCGACUGCACAACCAAGUGGAUGAAAGACUGGCUAUUGAAGGAAAGGAAUCGGAUAAAGAACAUUGAAAGAGUUCUUUGUAACUCUAAGCAUGUUCAUGGGAAGCCAAUGUACGGUUUGCCAGACGAUCAGUUCAUCUGCCUUCCUCAGCUCAAAGAAAAAAAUGCAGGAAUAAUAGCCUCAUCUAUUCUCGGUACGCUCCUAGCCUUAGUAAUGAUUGUCGCUGCCUUAAUAUACAAGUACAAUGGAGAAGUCAAGGUCUUUAUGUUCACCCACUUUAACUGGCACCCGUUUGAUCGUAUAGAUGACUCGGAUCCGAACAAAAUAUACGACGCUUUUGUAUCGUUCAGUAGCAAUGAUGUAGACUGGGCCGUAAACACAUUACAGAGACGUCUUGAAACACACGAUCCUCCUUAUAAACUGUGCAUUUACCACCGCGACUUUGAGCCUGGAGUUCCAAUUGAGGAAAAUAUAUGGAGAAGCCUUGAUCAAAGCAAGCGUAUGUUAGUGGUGCUUUCUUCGAGCUAUGCUACAAGUGAUUGGUGUUUGAUGGAGUUUCGUGCCGCUCAUCGCAAAGUGAUCGAGGAUCGCAUGAAGUACCUGAUUUUGAUAUUGUUAGAAGAUGUGGACACCAACCAGUUGGAUAAAGAGAUACAGAAUUACCUGCGCUCUGACACCUAUCUAGUGGCGAAAAGCAAGAGGUUCUGGCAAAACCUAUUUUAUGCAAUGCCCCUUCCGACGAAGGGAAUAAGAAGCGAAAGGAGAAUUUCGCCGCUAUAGAUGAAGAACGAGAGAUGGCCCGUAAUACUGGAGACACAGUAGAACUUGUUUGAAGGGCUGUCUGUAGCAGGCUCUACCAGGGAAGUAGCGAACCAAACGCUUGUACAAAAGUGAACUCCAAAUAAUCGAUAGCAAAUGGUUUAACACCAUUUUCAAUUUAGUGUCGAUAGCAGUACGAUAUUGCUACGGAUUUGCUUUACUUCGCGGUGUGAUUAGUCCAAAAACCUUGCGCUACGCCCGUCCAUCAUACAGAUGCAAAACUAAAACUUAGUUACCCGCGUUUGUCAGCGCUUUGGGCAGUUAGUUGCUUGGUUUAGCAUAAAAUCCUUAGGGUAUUUUCUCUUCUUCUGAUAGAUCUUUGUGAUAACUUUGGUUUUUGUUGUACGACACUCGAUCGAAAAACGCUGUAUCGAGAGAUACUGGUCAACGAAUUAAGCGGUAUUGAAGAAAGUACUUUCACCCCGUCUGAUAUAAUUGCACUAUUUUUUAACAACGAAAACCUGCGGCCUUUUAACCAAAACCUGAGAACUACAGAUAUCACAGGGAAGAGUAUACUAUUUUCUUGUAAAGAAAGAAUUAAGUGAACAAUUAGCUCGGUCAGUGUAAAUGAAGGGUGAGGGUUGUAUCGUGUAUUUGAGACUUUCUAAAUAUGCCCUUUGUCGCUAAGAUCUGUUAUUUCCAUAGAUUCAGGAGUAGUUUCACAUUAAAA